AGUCACCCUAUUGCUCUAAGCCGAGGAAGGUGACGUCCUGGAGGUCUCUCAAGACAGCGGGGAGCAUGCCUCUGAGCAGCAGGACGUCCCUGUCGCCACAGAAGCUCUGGCUGGGCUCGGCCAAGCAAGGUCACGUCCCCGGGACUCCCGUGUACCGAGAGAAGGAAGACAUGUACGAUGAGAUCAUCGAGCUGAAGAAGUCACUGCACGUGCAGAAGAGCGCCGUGGACCUGAUGCGGACGAAGCUGCGGCGCUUACAGGAGGAGAACAGCAGGAAGGACCGGCAGAUCGAGCAGCUCCUGGAGCCAGGCCGAGGCCCCGAUGUUGCUCGGACUCUGGCGGAGAAAAGGCCCGACGCUGGCUGGGUCAUGAACGGGCUGAGGCAGAGGAUCUUCAAGCUGGAGCGGCAGUGCAAGGAGAAGGACACCACCAUCAACAAGCUGCAGACAGACAUGAAGACCACCAACCUGGAAGAGAUGCGGAUCGCCAUGGAGACCUACUACGAGGAGAUCCGCCGUCUGCAGACCCUGCUGGCGAGUUCCGAGUCCACCGGAAAGAAGCCUGCGGGGGACAGGAAGGCCGGCGUUAAGCGGCAGAAGAAAAUGAGCAGCACCCUCCUCAGCUUGUCGCGGAGCGUGCAGGAGCUCACGGAGGAGAACCAGAGCCUCAAGGAGGACCUGGACCGCGUGCUGAGCAGCUCGCCCACCAUCGACAACGUAAAGGGUUACGUGGAGUGGAGCAAGCCCAGGCUGCUGAGACGCAUCGCGGAGCUGGAGAAGAAGAUAAAUUCAAUGGAGAGCUCAAAGGCUCAUGCUGCAGACGUGGGCAAACCGACCCCCCGGGCCCCCUCGGCGUCCACGUCCCCAGUGCACAGACAGCCGCCGGCCGACUGCCAGGAGGACCUCGCGCGCCUGCGGGGGGCCGUGAAGAGCCUGAAGGGGGAGCGGGGCACACUGCAGGCGCAGCUGCUGGAGAAAGACGUGGAGCUGCGGCAGCUGCUGCAGGCCAAGGCCGACCUGGAGACGCAGCUGGAGAGCGCCAGGGAAGGCGAGAGGCAGCGUCGCGAGCAGGAGCAGGCCUGGAGAGAGGAGAUUCAGACACUGACCACCAAGCUCCAAGAACUGGAGGAGACCGCGAAAGGAGAGAGAAGUGACCCUGUGGAAGCCAGUCUAGAGGCCCAAGGUCGUCCAGCGUCCCCUGCCAGCAGCAGGCUCUCCCCGCACGACCCCGAGGCAGGCGCCAGCGGGGAGGGCGUCUCGCGGGCCCCCUCCCCCUGCACGGAAAGGAGAAGAGACGCCGCCGCCCGGGUCCUGCAGACCCAGUGGAGACUGUACAAGCACCAGAAAAAGACGACUGUGCUGGACGAGGUAGCGGUGGCGCUUCAGGCAGCUUUCAGGGGACAUCUCGCCCGGGCGCAGCUGCUGUCAAGACAAGGGCGCAGCCCAGAGCCUCCCGGUGGGCCAGGCCGCCCAGCUCAGGACUCGCCCACGCCCCGCAGUCCAAGCCCCGUGACCCCGGGCGAGCACAGCACAGAGGCGGCCGUCGUCCUGGUGCAGUCGGCGCUGCGGGGACACCUGGCACGGGCCAGGCUCAGCGCGACCAGUCAGAGAGCAGCCAGCGCGGCCUCUGCUAGGAACAGACCUGCCUCCGCCCCGCGCGGAACCACGCCUCCACCGCCCCACCGCACGGCCUCCCCCGGUGAGGACGGUGAAGCCAGCGGCCGGGAGGCCACGGAAGACCUGGAGCAGCCAGCAACCCCGCAGGCCCACUCUGCGCGGUCUUCCCCCUCGGGGCUGCAGCCCGGGGACGACGUGGACUCCGACGACUCCGACGAUGUCGUCAUUGCUCCGCUCCUGCCCACGAAGAAAAGCUCCUCCCAUCCCAGGUUCCCGUCCCCACCCCCACCCCCCAAUGGCGAUGGCUGUCAGGGAUAGGUUAGCGCUAGGAAACAAGGCGCACUCCAGAGGUGGGGACCGUCCCUGUCAGGAACAGAACUGCACCUGCUUACCACCCAGCACCCUCACGGGUUUCUCUCCUUGGCUUUGCUUCUUUGUUUAAGAAAUCCCAAGUGCCUCUCCAUCAUUCUCUGGGAGGGCCAAGUGGCUCCAUCACCCCCUCACCUCCAGCCCUCCAGACGGAGGGAGCACUGGGAAGAUGCCUUCUGUAGCGGCCGACAGCCUGCCUUUGGCCAGACUGGGCACGGCUGCCCAGCGGGAGGCAGCCUGGGGGCACUGUCACUGGCCCCGCAUUGCCACAACCUCAGCCGCCGGCACGGCCACGAGGCCAGUGGGGCAGGGGUUAAUACGAGGGUAGCAGCAGCAGGGCCCUGAUGUGAGCUGCACCCCACCCCGGCCCGCCACACAGUUCUUCCUUCCCCAUUCCCCUCCCCUCCCGCCUGGGGCACUGCCCACCAGAGCUGCCCUCCCCGGGAAGGACUCUGGGUAGAAUUGGGCACUGGGUCCACCGAGACCUGAGAGCCAGCAGGCGCCCCAGGAGCAGCGUGACACAUGCCUCCCUGGGCUCGCUUGGGGCAGGCGGCAGCCGUCAUGCUGUGUGCCUGGCUCCCUGCCCCCAGAGGGCCCCGAAGUCUACAAGAUGAACCCUUGCUUGUGGCAGAGCCCCAGUGCCGCAGCCCCAGGCCGGGGGCCUCUCAGGACAGGUCGGGCUGGGGAGGCCCCUUGGGCAGUGACACAUCCCUGACCGAGCACACCCUCUCACUGCCCCCUGCCCGCGAGCGGAAGGGGCGAGAGGUAAGGACUGCCCAGCCCUUAGGCCCCCGUACGGGGCCUGCGCGUUUCAUUCUUUGGCCUAUGAGCUGCCAAACCAAAUUUCUUUUCAUUGAUCGGCCUGGUGACGGCCAAGUGAGCCCCGGACCCCGCCUCCACUCGUGCACUCGGGUCUGCUGCCCGUGGAGCCACCCCAUCCUUGCCCGUCUGCUCGGUCAAAGCUACCAGACGCCUCCGAAGCACCAAGAGGGUGGCAGGAGGCCCCGCCUGCUCGUCCUCGGGGUUCCGGCUUGGAAAAGGUGCCCUGUGCUAGCCGCUCACCACAGGAAGUGGGGACUGGGUUUGAAUCAGGGAUAGCUGUGCCUCAGGUGUGGGGACGAGCUGGGCUGGGGCAGCACGGGACUCGGCCAGGGGCAGGGCUGACGAAGUCCACAUCAGCCCGCUGACCGAGUCCCAGGAAAACGCCCCUGCCUGCCUUCCCCGUGAACGACCUCACGCCUGUGUCCCCGCUCUGCCGCUUCCUGCACCGGCCCCAGUCCCUGUACUGGGGAGAGCCACCCACUGCCAGCGCGGCUUUGUUCUGUGGGGAAGGCACAGGCAGAGACGGCGAGGGCGCUCCAGGGCUGCGGGCCGAAGGGCCGGGCACUGUCGGGACGGGCCGGGGAGUCAGCCUGGAACUUGGCCUUGUGGGGGUGGCCCCCCAGUUCCCGCACUGGGCACGGAGGGACACCCCCACACACACCUGGCCAGGUGGCUGGGCAGUGGGUGGGGCUGAGCCUGCUGGUACCGUGGACACCUCCCUGGGGGAGGGGAGCGGGACGUGCCCAGGCAGGGCUCUCACUGUCCUGAUUUCACUGUGACGCAUCCACAUCGCUCUGAACGGAAGGACAGAGGCAGAGCCUGCCUGCCGUGACAGCCGGGCAGCCCCGGCUUCAGAAGAACAGGGCCCUUCUGCCCCCACACCAUCCUACGAGCAUGCAGAACACGGGAGAACCGGCCACAGCACCGCCGUGUCGGUGGGGGACAGACUGGGCCACACGUGUAGCCCCCACGCUGCUGGAGUGGCCUCUGAGCGGCAGGGCGUCUGGCCAGGUACACAGGCCUCCACACAGGUGCUGCCCCCAGGCCCCGUCGAGCUGCCGGGAGACUGGUGAGUGACUCAGCUCUUGCCAGGCCUCGGAAGGAUCCUAUUUCCCUCGCCCUGGCUGGGAGACAGAGGACGCCCCAGGCUCAGAAGCCACGGAUGACAAAACGACUCCAGACAGUGCCACGGGCUCUGCAUUUCUUGGUUCACACCCACCCAACAGACACAGCGCAGGGAGGGGCUGGGACUGGCCAGGCCACCAGGAGCAGAAGCGGAGCCAGAGGGGAGGCAUGUGCGCGUGGGGGGCUCUCGGGGGCUCGCAGUCUCCGGGUGCAGCGUGGCCCCAGAGAGCCACGUGCCCUGCGAGGAAGGACCGGCUGAGUGCAAGACUGAUGGGCAGAGCCAAGCUCGGGGAACUCCAGCCAGCAGCCGCGGCAGCGGGGCUCUCGCUCGUCACGGGCAUCCGACAGCGAACACAACAGCGCGACGGCCCUGACUGGCUGUGCCGCUCACGUGUGCUGGAAGCCCUCCUAGACCAAGCCAGCCCGGCUCUACCACGGCCAGCACGGCAGAGCCUUGCUCCAUUUAAGAAGUAACUUCACACGUGGAAGCCCCCAUCGCCCUCCAGAACGAAAUAAAGCUUCUGUUUAGCCCGUC